AUGAGCUGUGAGAUUUGCAGCAAGGCUUUCUCUGAAAAAAGUACUCUAGUAAAGCACAUGAGAGUACAUACAAGGGAGAAACCAUUCAUCUGUGAGAUUUGCAGCAAGGCCUUCUCUGAGAAAGGUCAUCUAGUAAAGCACAUGAGAGUACAUACAAAGGAGAAGCCAUUCAGCUGUGAGAUUUGCAGCAAGGCCUUCUCUCAGAAAGGUGAUCUAGUAAAGCACAUGAGAGUACAUACAAAGGAGAAGCCAUUCAGCUGUGAGAUUUGCAGCAAAGCCUUCUCUCGGAAAGGUCAUCUAGUAAAGCACAUGAGAGUACAUACAAGGGAGAAACCAUUCAGCUGUGAGAUUUGCAGCAAGGCCUUCUCUCAGAAAGGUGAUCUAGUAAAGCACAUGAGAGUACAUACAAGGGAGAAACCAUUCAGCUGUGAGAUUUGCAGCAAGGCCUUCUCUGAAAAAGGUACUCUAGUAAAGCACAUGAGAGUACAUACAAAAGAGAAGCCAUUCAUC